UAAAGAAGAAGACUUCGUUAUCAAAUUUGUCAUUGUAAAUGGUAAACAUAAGCUCCCUGCAGUGAAAAAUUGGGGCGUGACACGGAAAAAACAGAAAAUCGUUGAAAGGAAAUUAACCGACUUUACGGCGUCAUGAAGAUGGAUGGUGCAUUAUUACAAAGAAGACUUGAACAAUUCGAACCAGAGCCGCUGGUCAAGCGUAAAGUAACGAAAACCAAGAGUCAAAUCGAGUCUUCAGCAAUCCGCGAGGACGAUCACAACGUCGAUCUUGCGAAGACCAAUUUUCUCGACGUUUUACACAACGAAGAGAUAAAGAGGGAGUGCGAAAAGAAAAUUCGAGAGUAUGGAGUGGGAACGUGCGGGCCUAGAGCAUUUUACGGUACCACCGACAUUCACCUCGAUUUAGAGCGGCGUAUCGCCGAAUGGCUAGGGACGGACGAGUCUAUCGUAUACUCUUACGGCUUCGUGGCGGUAUCCAGCUCCAUCGCGGCUUAUUGCAAACGUAGCGACAUAGUUUUCGUCGACGAACUCGCGAACGAGUCGAUCUUGCAGGGCUUGAUGGCGGCGCGAAGCAAAAUCGUCCGCUUCAAACACAACAAUCCCGCUAAUUUCCGCGACGAAGUGCGAAAAAUCGCCAAGAAAGAGAAAGAAAAAAAACCGGCAAGGAAAUUUUUGAUUGCAGAAGCAGUGUCGUGGGAAACGGGAAAAAUCCUGCCCCUACCCGAAUUCCUUGCGGUUACCGAAGAAUACAAAAUAAGGGUGUUUUUGGAAGAGUCCUAUUCAAUCGGUAUUUUAGGCGAGACAGGUAAAGGGCUGACCGAACACUAUGGAAUAGAGCGUAGUCGACUUGACAUGAUUAUCUGUACCCUGGAAGCAGCUAUUGGUUCUAUCGGGGGAUUCUGCACGGGCUCCCACAUGGCGAUCGAACACCAACGAUUAUCGGGAAGCGGGUACAUUUUCUCCGCGUCUUUGCCCACCUAUCUGGCAUAUGCUUGCAUAAGAUCAAUCGAAAUGCUUGGCGACAAACCAAAACAACUCGUGACAUUGGCCCGGAAAGGACACGACUUUCUAGUGGAGUGUGGAUAUGAAGUUCGCAGCGACCCCUUGUGUCCUUUUAAAGUGUUUGCGGCAGGAACGGAAGGCCGGAACAAGACUGUGCACGAGUAUUGUAAAAGCAAGGGGGUCCAUUUUAUUCUGAAGGGGGAUUUUAUGGUUAUGAACUUGACGGUAGCAUUGUCAGAUGAUCCCAUAAGGUUCCAGACUGUUAAAAGUGUAUUAAGAGAAGCUAUUGAGCAAGCGUGAGCGAAUAUGUAAAGUAAUAGAAAGCUUAAAAUAUAUUUAAUUAAGUUGAUUGAUGUAAAGCUGUCAGCAGCUACUAAACCUGCUCGCUAGACCACAACAGUAUUUUUGCUUUAUUAGCGCUUAUUGAAUAAGGCGUAUUCAAAAAUAA